CGAGCCUCCGGUAUUUACGGCCAAUUCAUGUCCAUCUGAUAGAACUAAAGUGGCUGAUCCAAGCAGCAUGGUUACCAUGGUAACAUGGACUGAUCCUACAGCCACUGAUUCUACCAAUGUUGAUCCUAUUGUGGAAUGCACACCGGCCUCAGGAACAGACUUCGUGAUUGGUCAGACACCUGUCACAUGUACAGCAACAGAUGCUGCUGGAAAUAAGGCCACACCUGACUGUACAUUUACUGUGACUGUUACAGAUUUUAAUGAGUGCACUGCAACGAACUCUGACCGCCAUACUUGCGAUGAAAGUAUAUCAGUCUGCAUGAAUACAGAUGGAGACUACAACUGCAACUGUAAUGCUGGCUACAGUCAUAACAACGGAGAUGACAAGACAUGCGAAGACAUUGAUGAAUGCCAGCCAUCACCUUGCACCAACGCUCAAUGCACCAACACCGCAGGAAGCUUUACGUGCACUUGCAAUGCUGGCUAUAGUCAAUCUAGCGGAGAUGCAACAAUGUGUAUAGAUGAUCCUCCAGUCUUUGAUACCCAGUGCCCAGCAGACAUCAAUCGAUUUGCCGACCCAAGAAGUACCACAACAACUGUAACCUGGACCGAUCCCAUGGCAUCUGAUGUUGUUGACGGUGGAUCAGUAAAUGUUGUAUGUAAUCCACCAUCUGGACGAGAUUUACAAAUUGGCACCCAUAGAGUCACAUGUACAGCUACGGAUUCUGCUGGAAAUACACGAGACUGUUCAUUUGAUGUGAUCAUCACGGAUUUUAAUGAGUGCACUGCCUCAAUGGAAGCUGGUCGUCAUGAUUGUGUCAAUGCUGUGUGUAUUAAUGAAGAUGGAGGGUUUUCAUGUACAUGCAACGAUGGCUACAGUAAACCCAACAUGAAUGAUCAUACUUGCACAGAUACUGAGCCUCCAGUAUUUACACCCGGUUCUUGUCCUCAAGCAAUAUCUCGUGUGGCUGAUCCCAGAAGCAUGGUUACCAUGGUAACAUGGACCGAUCCUACAGCCACUGAUUCUACCAAUGUUGCUCCUACUGUGGAAUGCACACCGGCCUCAGGAACAGACUUCGUGAUUGGUCAGACACCUGUCACAUGUACAGCAACAGAUGCUGCUGGAAAUAAGGCCACACCUGACUGUACAUUUACUGUGACUGUUACGGAUUUCAAUGAGUGCACUGCCUCAGUGGGUUCACCUGGUCGUCAUGAUUGUGUCAAUGCUGAGUGUAAUAAUGAAGAUGGAGGGUUCUCAUGUACAUGCAACAAUGGCUACAAUAAACCCAACAUGGAUGAUCAUAUUUGCACAGACACUACUCCUCCCGUCUUUGAUCCCAACACCUGUAGGUCACCAGAUGCUCAAGUUGCCGAUCCUGAAAGUAUGACAUCAACUACAGUUACUUGGACCACUCCUACAGCCACUGAUACUACAGGAAUAGCUCCUACUGUGACCUGUACACCAUCAACCAAUCACGCCUUUAGGAUUGGUGAUACGGAUGUCACAUGUACAGCAAGAGAUGCUGCUGGCAAUAUGGCUCUGAUUAACUGUGUAUUUACAGUCACCGUUAUAGAUUUCGAUGAAUGUACUGCAGUGACGAAUGGACAUAAUUGUGAUACCUUUGCAAACUGUACAAACACAGAUGGAGGUUUUCUGUGCACGUGUACAGCUGGCUACACUGGUAGUGGAGUGACGUGCACAGAAUGUGCUGAUGGUUUCUUUGGAGUUGAGUGUUUGUCACCCUGCACAUGCGUACAAGGCGCAGAUUGUAAUAAUGUGAAUGGUACCUGCACCUGUACUCCUGGGUUUACAAAUGCUGUAUGCGACAAAAAUUACCUGGACGUAGAAUUAUCCGUGACUGAGGAACCAGUCUUAGACACAGCUGCUGUUGAUAACGCUACACUGCGGUGUCAAGUCAAUCUACUUUCAGGAGAUCUGGUUCCUAUAAACCCUGUGACAAUAACCAAUCCUAACGGGACAUCAGAGACUGCCAGUAUGAUAAUGGAGGGUUUGUAUGAGAUCAUCGUACAUGACAUCAGCCCAGACAACAGUGGGAAAUAUACAUGUACAGCGACAACGGUGAUAAACGGAGUUGGAUUGUCAGAUUCAGAUGAAUUUGAAUUAGAUGUCCUUGCACCUGGGCGCAUCAUAUCACUAAAUGAGAGCACCGAGGGGAAAUUGGGAGAAACUGCAACUGUCGACUGCGUAGUAUAUGCUCGACCAAGACCUGUGAUCACCUGGUACAAUAAGAACAAUGCAGUCAUAGAGACUACUGAUCCUAAGUAUUCCAUUUCAUCGGUUGAUGGCCAAGAACGUCUGACUAGUUCACUGAGUGUGCUGAAUCUUGCCCGAUCCGAUAAUGGAACUUAUUUCUGCGAGACUUCGAAUAAUCUUACCCUAGAUAGAGAUCGAAGGGAGGCUGCCAUCAUUGUUAUCGAGGUUCCUGAGGUAGACAAUGUUGAUGCCAUGGCCAUUAGUGCCACUGAAGUCGAGGUCAUUUGGAGAGUCAGUUAUGAUGGUAAUGCUCUGCCAUUCAUGUGUAAGGUGGAUUACCAAAAACCUGGACGUCCUGAUUGGACACUUGGAGCAUUUGCUGAGGAGCCACCACUAUCACGACGUAUCACAAACCUUGUUGCAUACAUGGAGUACCCAGUCAGGGUAAUCUGUCAGAACAGAGCUGGUGUAGGCUUGGAAGUAAUGCGACCAAACCCAAUUAGAACUCUACAGGCAGCACCUGAUGCCCCAGAGAAGGUCCGAGUGACAGCGAUUACUUCGAGCUCUCUCACUGUGAAGUGGGAUGCACCUGUAAUCGAGAGAGGAACCAUUGCUCACUACGUUGUAACAGUUGACUCUGCAUUUGAUGAGCCAAAGUCACACCAAAUAUCGGCUCACUACAACGAGAUUUAA